UAGCUUAUUUGUUUUGUAGCUUGCCUUUUAAUCCCAGUAAGUUCAAUUACCCUUAAACAUAUAUACAACAAAACUAAAGCACAAAAAAGAUACACAUUUUUUGUUCAGUAAUGGAGUCAGACGAAGUAAAAAGUGUAAAUGGAAUGCCCGAUUGCGCCAAGAUGCGAUUAAACGAGAUAGAUCCAAUAACACGCACUUUGAAAUGCGUAAUAAGCGAUCUGGAGAUCUUUGAUGUUGACGAUGAGGUCAGCUUCUCAUAUGUCGAAGAGGAGGAGAAGGAGUCUUAUGAGACCUCCGAAGUGCUUACAGACGAUGCAAAUCAGGUUGUUCACGAUAUUGACUGUCUGAUCCGACAGAUUGAACUUAUGCAGCUAGCCAUCAAAAGGCGUCAGUGUAAGGAGAGUAGCGAAAAGGUCAGUGAAGGUCAGCCUGAAGAAGAACCGAAGAUGGCCCUGACCAAGUGCCAAAUGAAUUGCAAGGAGUUGGAAACUCAGGAAAAGGACUCUGAAACACAGGCAAAAUCUGCAAUCAAAGAGGAAAAGUUUCUUCCGCUGAGCGGCAAGGAAUUACUGGAAGCAAGGAGCCUUCACCAAGCCCACCAUUGCAUUCAAUUGGAAGUAGAUGAAGUGAUCUGUAGAUAUCGUCAGUUCCGCGAAAUCAUAUCACAAAUGCGUGAUAAAUUUCUCAGCAUGGAACUCCAACUGCAGGACCUGAGCUCCAAGACUCUUGACCACAUCGCUUGGACCCAUGAUGUGGGCAAGGAGUUGAAGGUAUGCAAGGAAAGGAACACAUUCCUGAUCAAUGCCAAGUUGUCCAAGCAGGAAGCAAUCAAAACAGCCAAGGUACAUGUCGCCCGAUUCUUCAAAAAAAAUGAUGCCUAUCUUAACAAAAAUCGACUGAGGCGGGAAAUAUUUGACUUCAGCGAGGAGGUGAAUGACCUUGUUGUUUAUAUGGGUGAGCUGCACAAAGUACUGAAACGAAAUUUGGCUCUACUCGGCACACCGCGCAUGAAGCAACUAGAAAGAUCAACCGAAUUUCUAAUGUCUAUUGCCCAAUCAGCAAGCCUAUCCGAUACGUUAUCGGAUUCGCAAAAACAGUUUGAAGCCUACGAGAUGAACUAGAAUUCACUUUGAGGGAAUUACCAAUAUAAUAUAAUAUUCGUAGCGAAUCAUUGUCUUGCUAAUAAUAAAAUCGAAGCGUAUUCUUGACACUUAAAAAACUAAACACAAGAAAUGUAACAGUAACAGCAGGACGCCUUUUAAAUCAAAUUCCAACGCAAAGAGCAUACGUAUUUGUUUGGAAAUUAAUUAAAAACACUGUAUUCCGUAUAUUCCAGCACCUUUCCCAAU